AUGUAUCAAAACUUUGGGAAUCAAGGGAGAGGAAACCCGGCGUACACUGGCAGCUCCUCUGGGUCUCACUCCCAGGGAAGCACCAGCAACACACAGCAGGAGCAGAAGUAUACAAUGGCUGGGAGCAGUCCAUUUGUACCAAGCCUCAAUGCCAUCACAACCAACCAGGACCUCCAGUGGUUGGUCCAGCCCUCAAUCCUGCAUCCGCCGGGCCCUUCAAGAUCUCCAGUUCCUCCCUACCCAACCCUCUCUGGGGCACGGCCUCUGGCUCCACCACCCCUUUUCCUCCGACCAGGUGUCAUAAGAGCUGCUGCACACACUACUGCUUCGACAAGGCACAGGAAUGACCAGCAUCUAUCCCAAGAAGAGAUGGAGAGACGUAGAAUAAGAAGGGAGCGGAAUAAGAUGGCAGCAGCAAAAUGUCGCAAUCGCCGUCGGGAGCUAACAGACACACUGCAAAAUGAGACUGACAUACUGGAAGAUGAAAAGUCAAAGUUACAGAAGGAAAUAGCAGAAUUAGAAAAGGAGAAGGACAAGCUUGAGCUGGUCCUGGAAGCUCACCGUCCCAUUUGUAAAAUAGAGGGAUCGGAUUCAGAUUCGGACCCAAAUCCAUCCAUUUCUGCUUUGGGAGGCAUCAAACUGGAGCCACAUGACUUCAGCAGACCCGGACCCUCAACCAGACAGCCAACAAAAGUAGAGAAGCCUAAACCGAGGAUAACCAUCCCAACCAAACGUGAAACAGCGGCUGCCUCGUCUGCUGCCUCUGAAUCAGAGUCUCUCCACACUCCGGUUCUCGCAUCCACUCCCUCCCUCACGCCCUUCACAGCUGGUAUGAUUUUCACCUACCCCUCUGCCUCUUUGGACACCAGCGCCUCCACCACGUCCCAUGCUUCCUCCCAUCACGGAAACAUCCACCACUCUCAGGUCCCACAGCCCUGCGGGAUAGCCCACCGCCGCAGCAGCAGCAGUGGAGACCAAUCGGAUCACUCCCUGCACUCCCCGACCAUCCUCACGCUGUGAUCAAAGCCCGCAGCACCCUGACAAAACACUAAUGUGUGAGAGGAGGGAUCUCUGGGGGUGUGAAAUGAAAACGAUGAUUGUGUUCAGCAUUUCAAAAUGAGCUUCAUGUCUUAUUUCAGAAAGUAGAUCUUUACUUGGAUGAUAUGCCAAUUAGAGGCCCGAUUUUGAUAAAAAUGUUACUAUUUUUUUGUAUUGAUACAAAUAUAGAGUCUUUUACCUUUCAUUUUAAAAGCUAUUAUGUAGAGUGAACAUGUUUGAAGUUUAUUAGCAAAGCAUUGCAUGCAGAAUUUAUAAUACAAGCUUUUCUAGAGAAAUAACUAUAACUCAAACUAGUAAUAUAAUAAUUGUGAUAUUACAGUAAAUGUUGAAUUUAAUGCCUUUUUUACAUUGUUACAUCAUGUUUUGUAACACUUUAUAAACGUCCUCAGCUAGGGAAAUAGACUACUUAUAAACAAGGUUCCUUAUUUUUGUACGAGUCCUCUAAUAAAUCCUAAUAUUGUCUAUGCAAACGAUUGACCACUAAGGCUGGGCCGUAGGAGUUAAUAUAGAUUUUAUAAUCACAUAUUUAUAUUUCCAGAGUGUAAUAUAUAUAUAUAUAUUUGUAAAUGUUUUUGUUGUCUCUGAUCUGUUUGGUUUGGCAGUGCCUUACUUUUAUUUUUCGCAAAGUAGUAAUACUGCACAGACAAUAAAGAGCUAGCAUGUGUA